CACGUUAUGUCGGAAAUGUGGAAAGUUUUAGUCAUAUUCACGACGCUAUGGUUUGUUGCUGGAGGAGCCAAUAAAACUGAUUAUCAAGAAAAGUGUAUCAGCAGCCAGCUCAUUGCCCGUUAUCAAUUAAAUGAAAAAAUAUAUGGACUGGAAAGGUGUAGUAAUAAAAAUGCAAAUCAUUUUCGCCAAAAGCGCCGUGUUGACCCCACAUUUCAUGGCAAUCCAAAGCCUCGAGGAGAGGUUUUAGCCAGUAAGUUUCACGUUAAUUCUUACAACUUUGAUCAGACCAACUCUUUAGUCGGGCUAGUUAACAAAAUUGCCCAAGAGUACUUAAAUAAAUGUCCACCGGUCAUAUAUUAUGACAGUUAUGUGGAAAAAUCCGAUGGACUUAUUCUUGAGAAUUUAUUUAGGACUAUCCCAAUUACUUUUUACCACGGCGAAAUCAAUGCAAAUUACGAGGCAAAAAGUGCCCGUUUUACAGAACACAUUGAUAGCAAUUGCAAAAGUUACAUUCUGUUCCUUUCGGACCCACUGAAGACGCGAAAAAUUUUAGGUCCUCAAACAGAAAGUCGUGUGGUCCUUGUAUCAAGAUCCACACAAUGGAGACUCCGUGAUUUUCUGUCCUCGGAGCUUUCCUCAAACAUAGUAAAUUUACUAGUUAUUGGCGAAUCUUUAAUGGCUGAUCCAAUGCGCGAACGCCCCUACGUGCUAUACACCCACAAGCUAUAUGCAGAUGGCCUUGGUUCAAAUACACCAGUGGUUCUUACAAGUUGGAUAAAGGGUGCUCUAUCACGACCCCAUAUAAAUCUUUUUCCACCAAAGUUUCAACUUGGCUUUGCGGGCCACCGGUUCCAAAUUUCAGCAUCCAAUCAGCCGCCCUUCAUAUUCCGUAUUCGGACUUUAGAUUCCUCGGGAAUGGGUCAGUUACGGUGGGACGGGGUAGAAUUUCGACUAUUAAGCAUGAUAUCUAAGCGCUUAAACUUUUCGGUGGAUAUAACUGAGACUCCAACAAGGGCCUUUACACGGGGGGUUGUUGACAACAUCCAGCAGGAGAUUGUCGAAAGGAAGGUAGACAUCGGGAUGUCCGGAAUUUACAUAACUGAGGAGAGGCUGCGUGACUCCGACAUGUCGGUGGGACACUCGCGCGAUUGUGCAGCCUUUAUAACACUCGCAUCGAAGGCACUACCGAAAUACAGAGCCAUUAUGGGCCCUUUUCAGUGGCCCGUUUGGGUUGCUCUUAUUUGCGUUUACCUCGGAGGGAUAUUUCCAAUCGUUUUUACAGACCGUUUAACACUAAGCCAUCUAAUAGGGAACUGGGGAGAGGUAGAAAACAUGUUCUGGUAUGUGUUUGGCAUGUUCACAAACGCGUUCACCUUUACCGGAAAAUACUCAUGGAGCAAUACCGACAAGCAUUCCACACGCCUAUUGAUUGGAGCGUAUUGGCUCUUCACAAUUAUCAUAACAUCGUGCUACACCGGUUCCAUCAUUGCAUUUGUAACUUUGCCAACCUUUCCUGAUACAGUUGACUCUGUUCGGGACCUUUUGGGCUUGUUUUUUCGUGUGGGUACCCUAGACAAUGGUGGCUGGGAGAACUGGUUCCAGAACUCCACCCACAUUCCGACGUCAAGACUGUACAAGAAGAUGGAGUUUGUCACAACACUCGAAGAGGGGAUUGGUAACGUUACACAGAGCUUCUUUUGGAACUACGCUUUUCUUGGCUCAAAGGCUCAGCUUGAGUAUUUGGUGCAGUCAAAUUUUUCAGAUGAAAAUGUAUCGCGACGAUCGGCGCUUCAUUUGAGCGAGGAGUGUUUUGCUCUUUUUCAAAUAGGUUUUCUUUUUCCCAGAGAGUCCGUGUAUAAGCGAAAGAUUGACUCGAUGAUCCUGCUGGCUCAGCAAAGCGGUCUUAUCGCCAAAAUCAAUAACGAGGUAAGUUGGGUUAUGCAGCGCUCGUCCUCAGGCCGCCUGUUGCAAGCCAGCUCAUCGACAUCCUUGCGUGAAAUAAUUCAAGAAGAGCGCCAACUGACCACGGCGGACACGGAGGGCAUGUUUCUGCUUAUGGCGCUUGGCUACUUUCUCGGGGCCACAGCCCUAGUGUCUGAGAUAGUGGGUGGCAUUACAAACAAAUGCCGCCAAAUAAUCAAGCGCUCCAGGAAGUCAGCAUCUAGCUCUUGGUCCUCCCGCCACAGCUCAAUGGCAAGUGGGACGGCGCAGCGUACAGAGGCUGAACAACUGGCACAUGAUAAACGAAAGGCCACUAGGCGAGAAGCCGCUGAGGUUGAUCAGAAGAUUAGUUUCGGAAUGCGCGAGUUCAAUCUCACACGAACAACACUGCGCGAACUGUACGGAAGCUAUGGUAGACCUGAUCAGAGCUAUGAACCACAAACCGUCAACCAUCUACAGUUGCCUGACACGGCCAAAAAGAAUAAUUACAAAGAUGAUGAUGAGUCCCGGGAAGCCAUCGCAUCCUUAGAGGGUUUAGACGAUUUCAUAGCCCAGAUGGAUAUCGAGAAUGAUGCUUUAUCACAGGAAUUCAGUCCUGACGAAUUGUUUGGACCCAAUACAGAAAACGGGGAUGUCUGAGAAUUAGCAAACAGUAAUGUGUGAAACAUAACAUAAAUAGGCUUUUGCUACAAUCUUUGUAGUGCAAGUUACCGAUACGAUAAUGGAUAGAAAUUCUGAACAUAAUUACAUUUUUAUAUUUCGUAAAUUUUUCUUUCUUGUUUUUCAUAUAUUUCCAAUGAAAAGUAUGUAACAUCCGCUUGUGUGAUUUUGCUUAAGAAUAUGUAUUCUUUAUAUGUUUGGAAACAAUAUUUAAUAAAAACACUAUUAAAUAGUUUUUAACAAAGACGAACACAGUAUAAUGUUUCAUACAAAAAAACACUCUAAUCUCUGUCCUAAUACAGAUAGGCGCAUUGCAAAUAAUAACGUGUUAAUUGGUGGUUUUUAAUUAAAAAUAA